ACGUCUAGUAUGAGUCAAACAUUUGAGUGUUAUAUUUAGUUAAUUUAGUUAAUUCUGGAAAAAUGGAAUAUUUCUGGUAUAGUUUCAAUAUUCUUCUUACUAUAAUAAUUUCACUUAUAGUAGAAACACAUUGUACGAUGAAUCAAAGUCGAAUAUCAGAAAAUCAAGCAAAGCGACACUUAGUUGAGAUCAAAUGUACAUCGAAUUGUAUCUGUGAUCACUUUCAAGGGUUGAGGAGAGCAACAUGCAGCGCAAAAAAGAUGGUGUAUGUAAAAGAUAAUAUUCCUAAAAAAACAGAAAUAUUAGAUUUCUCAUAUAACUAUUUAACAAAGAUUCACAACAAUGAAUUUCACGAUAAUGAUCUAAACUCUUUAAAAGUUUUAAACAUGUCCCAUAAUAAACUUGGUGAGAUCGACAUUUUUGCAUUUGAGCCCAUCAGAGAAUUGGAAAUCCUUGAUUUAUCUCACAACGCUCUGCAAUACAUACUACCAGAAUGGUUUUGGGAACUCAGCGUUUUAAAAGAAGUACACUUGGAUCAUAAUAAUUUAGGAGCGCUUAAAAAUGUUCCUUUGUUUAAGAGCGAUACUCUACAAGUAUUGGAUCUAUCAUAUUGUCAACUACCACAUAUACUGGAUUUAACCCUGUCGGAAAUGCCUAACUUACAUACAUUAGACAUAUCGGAAAAUUUCUUAAUUAACAUUGAAAUCGCAACUAUUUCACAUUUGCAAUAUUUGGAAAAAAUUCAACUUCAUGGAAAUUCAAUUGAAUGCAAGAAUUUGCAAGAUUUUCUUGCUUUUCUUGAUGGCCAUUCGGUUAGACAUACAUCAGAUUGUGUUGAAGAAGAUAAUAGCGACAUAGAGAUGAUUGAAAAUAAUGGAAAUAUACAAAAGCAAUCAAAUCAAUUUGAAAAAAUGAUUGAUUGGGCCAGUUAUACAACAAAAAAGCCCGAAUCAUCUUGGAUUUUUGAAGAUAUCAUUACGAACCAGGGUGUUGAAGAAAAAGAAUGUCCCCAGCCAGUUCCCGAUACUUUCCUACAAAGAGUUAUUGCAAUUUCUCCAAUCAUUGUGCUCUCAAUGUGUGUAGUGUCUGGAUUUUUGGUGGGGUUAAUACUUGGGUGUUUGUGCAGAUUUAAGAAACCUGUAAGAAGACCAAGACAUCGUAAACCUAUCCACCGUAUAAGCAGAAGUUUUAGUAUAAGAGGUGGUCAAGUUCAUGAUCGAGAAUUUUUAAUUGAACAAUAAUUUGUUAUAACAAAAAUAAAGCAGACAAAAUAACUAUUAAUACAUACGAGUACAAAAUGGCCAGUCGGCCUGUGUAGAAAGCCAAGAGCUUGUGGAAUCGCUCUUCCAAUCUUUUCGAACCAUGGAAGCCUUUGGCUGCGUAAGAGAUUCUAUACCAUAAAUACCUGCGAUGCGCCUUGCAGAAUUAAUCUGCCUCCUCAAAGAAAUAAGUUUGGCUUGCUGUAUAACCACUAGAGCAUCCGUUUGCUCAACUAUAGUGAGCGACGGGAGGGCUCCCCGGCUGGCCAAUCAUAGACACAUAGACACACUUGGUAUGGAAUUAAUAGCCCACUUAACAUUUCGCGAACAGUGCAACGCUUCCGGCAUGAAAACAGCAGCUGCAUUCGCUUAAUAGAUCUUAGAUGAAAUUAGCGUCGACUUCACAAGCUUGCCAAGGUUUGACAUCUUAGGAAACAACUUCAAAAAGUAGUCCAGUCUGAAGGUCUAUGCUGCGUUGGGGGUUCCAAGGGCUUGUAAAUUUAUUUUCUAAACCGUACAACCUAAGCCGCAGUAUUCACGAUUUGUCCUUGCGUGAGUAAUGCCCAUACAUAAGCCCGACCACGGAAAAGUCGCUUAGGGUAUAGUUGUUUCCAACUUCCAAUCGUUCCAUAAUUCACGACUUAGGAACUGGCCUGGUAAGGAGUGUUUCUCUCCUUCAGGAGCAAUUAAUCCAGCAGUAAUAUAAAAAUAUGUUUUUAUAUUGAAUUAUAAAUUACCAACUAUUCAAUAUUGUUUAUUUAAUAAUCCAGACUGUUAUUCGAAAUUAACACAUCAUUACCACAUAAAUCUACAAAUAUGUUUGGUAUACUCGUAGGUAUACUGCAUUUGGAAAAUGUGGUUUCAACGUACACUUCCCAUCUGUAAAAGGGCAUUAAACGUACAUAUACCAGUCUAUAUUCACAUAUAUUAUAUAUAUUGAAGAACUCUUUUAGUAAUAAAGUAUGUAUUUUGAUUUGAUAUUUAUACUCUACUUAUAGUAGAUUAUUAAAUCAUUGCUUAAAUUUCAA